AACAGGAAGGAGGGGAAGGCAGGGGUGCGGUUUCAGUUGGUGAGCGACCUACACCUCGAGUUCCCGGGCUGCCUCGACAAGCUGCCUCACAUCCCCGUCAACGCCCCCAUCCUCUGCCUCCUUGGGGACAUCGGGUACCCGAACAAGGCGAACUACCGGGCGUACCUGCUGGAGCAGGCUGACCGGUUCGAGCACGUGCUGGUGGUGGCCGGCAACCACGAGUACUACAACCAGGAGAGCGUCCAGCAUGCCGACCGCCUGAUCAGUAACGAUCACUCUCUCGCCGCACAUCCUCUCACCAUUCCCUGCCUGCACCACGACGCGCAACAGGACGAGAUCUGCGCGGAGCGAGACAACCUGCAUUACCUCAACAAGCGCAGCGUCCGCGUGGGCGACGUGCUCUUCCUCGGCUGCACCCUCUGGCCGUACAUUCCGCCAGAGGCGAUCGAGAAGGUGUGGAUGAGGUGCAAUGACUACAAGAUAGUGGUGGAGGGGAAGGCGCUGGAACACGAGACGACGUCGGGCGGCCUCAUGUCGCUGAUGUCACUCGUCUACAAAAAUGUGACCGAAGCGGUGAAGAGCGGCCCGCCACCGGCAAAGAGCGAAGACGACGCUCGAAAGAACGAAGGCGAAAAUGCGGAAGCUGGGGCUGCGGAGAAGGAGUACCAUCAGCUUACGCCCCACGAAACGAACCUGUGGCACGAGCAGCACGUCGACUGGCUCGUGCAGGAGAUCGAACGCGUCAAGGAGGCCAACGAACGCACUGCUGGCGUCGAUGGAGAGAAGGUCAAGUUCCGCUGCAUCCACCCCGAGGCUGCCGGGAUCGAAGAGAUCUGCUACGACGACCUCGAAUGGAUGAUGGAAGACCCCGUGGAGCCACAAGAUCAGCAGCAGCUGGUGGGUGAGGAGGAAGAGGUGGAAGAAGAACUGAAUACCAACAAAGAGGCCGGGGUGCGGUUUCAAUUGGUGAGCGACCUACACCUCGAGUUCCCAGGCUGCCUCGACAAGCUGCCCCACAUCCCCGUCAACGCUCCCAUCCUCUGCCUCCUUGGGGACAUUGGGUACCCGAACAAGGCGAACUACCGGGCGUACCUGCUGAGCAGGCCGACCGCUGGCAACCACGAGUACUACAACCAGGAGAGCGUCCAACAUGCCGACCGCCUGAUUGACGAGAUCUGCGCGGAGCGGGACAACCUGCAUUACCUCAACAAGCGCAGCGUUCGCGUGGGUGACGUACUCUUCCUCGGCUGCACCCUCUGGCCCUACAUUCCACCGGAGUCGAUCAGCAAGGUGUGGACGAUGUGCAACGACUACCGCAGGAUUGUGGCGGAGGGGAAGGCGAUCGAACCCUCGCCGUCCGCCGCUGGGAAUGACGGCGGCAUCGUGUCGCAUAUGAUGUCGCUUGUCUACAAGAAAAAUCGUGCCCGGCCUGAGGCCAAAGAGCGAAGACGAAGCGCAAAAGAGCGAAGGCGAGGCGGCACCGGUGAAGCAUCGGCUCACGCCCCCACGAAACGAACCCUGUGGCACGAGCAGCACGUCGACUGGCUC